AUCUUCGUUAUGCUCAGACAGUAAAGUUUUGACUAGGAAGGUUGUACAUCUUUGGUAGUUGAUUGACAAUUCAACAAAGGUCGACUUGACUGCUGCUGUUUGACUGACGGCAGCAUGAAUUCAGAUGCUGCAAUUUUACUCGAAACUGUCAACUUUGCUGCUGACAAACAUCGUAAUCAACGCCGCUUAGAUCCUGAAGAGACACCAUAUAUAAAUCAUCCAAUAGGUGUGGCAAGAAUUUUGAGCCAUGAAGGAGGGAUCACAGACAUUGUCGCUUUACAGGCAGCUUUGCUGCAUGACACAGUGGAGGACACCGACACUACUAUUGAAGAAUUGGAGGCCGUCUUCGGACCAACUGUUGCCAGGAUUGUCCAGGAGGUAACAGACGACAAGUCUUUACCUAAACAAGAGCGAAAACGUCUGCAGGUGGAGCACGCACCUCACUGCAGCCAACAAGCUAAGCUGGUCAAACUGGCUGAUAAGCUUUACAACCUUAGGGACCUCAACCGGUGUACGCCCAAAGGUUGGUCAGCGGAGCGGGUGCAGGAGUACUUUGAGUGGGCAGCGAAGGUAGUCAAAGGGCUCCGUGGCACCAACUCGGCUGUUGAGGAUUUACUGGAUCAACUAUUUAGGGAGAGAUCUGUUAGAAUCUAAUAUAGCUGUGUGUGUUCUUGGUUGAAUUGUUCUUGUUAUACUUUAACCAAUAAUGGGAUAAUAGUUAGCCUGUGUCUUUUUGAAGGACUGAAUAUCAAUCAACGCAAUUAUGUUAAUUUGUGAAAGGUACACUUGUCAUGCUAUCAUAAAGGCUGUGAAUAGAUCAGUCUUUACAUCUUUUUGGUCAUUUUUGUUGUAUAUGUCUACUUUUCGCUGCAUUGGACAGAUGACAGAAAUAUUUAUUUUUGUAUCAGAAUAAAUUGAGAUUCUUGAAAACACGGA